ACUGCAAUAGUUGCCAUACAUACGAAAACAAAACCAAGGAUCAUAUAGUGGUGCGUCCGCUUCCUUGCGUACUUCAUUGACACACAGCUGCUAGGAGUUUCUUCAAGUACGCGUGCUUCUACCUUCCAAGGAUGUUAUUUGAUUCAUUUUUUAAUCAUUUUCUUAAUGAAGCAACUAAUGGAAGCUCGUUUGGGCACGAUAAUUUCUGGGAAAACCGUUCUGCGUUACACUGUCUUUUCGGACCGAGUUUGGAAAUUGUAGACCGAAAAAACGAAAUUGAGGUGUCUGUUGAGGUUCCUGGAAUACGUAAACAGAAUCUAAAUGUUGAUCUGAGAGGGGAUGAAUUGAGUAUUACCGGCAAAAGUGAAAAGCUGACAACUGCCACGGAUGAGCUUGUAUUGCUAAACGAGCGCUGCAACGGCAGUUUUAGACGCACAAUUAAUUUACCCGCUAAGGUGGAACCAAAUUCUGUGCAGGCCUCUUUACGUGAUGGCGUUCUCAGUAUCGUAAUGAGAAAACAAGAGACCUCAAGUGGAGCUCAUAUCAUUCCAAUCUCUUAACAAGCUAUUGUACAAACCAAAUGACUGUUACCCAAUAUCACAACAGAAUGUGAUAGAAGACCAACUUCGGCAUCAUGUCGCACGCAAUUCAAUGGGGUUAACGGUAGAUGAAUAAAUUAACGAAGUGUAUGAUGGCUAACGAACUAGAAGAACCAUUGAUAAUUGAAUUUGAACUGACGCGUAUUUGAAACUAGCACUAGAAUUAAAGUUUUAUUACGUAGCGCGUUUUACGCGACACAAAUUUCAUUUCAUCGGGAGGCAAACUGCUGACGCGUCCUUCUCACUGGGGUUUCCGACGAAGGGUCCGAAGCGCACCUUCCUAAUACCAAC